UGUUCUGGUGACGAUGAAACAGAGCGAAGACGUGGGAAGAAGAGGUUGACUCAUAGCAGCAAUUCGUGAAAUAAAGAGCUAAGCCCUGAUCUCUGACGUGUGAUUGGUCGGUGAGCGAUGCCCCUGAGACGAUGGGGCAGGCCCUGUGUAUCUGUUCCCGCAGCUCCAUCCUCAUUGAGAACAAGAGAUACUACUUCAUUCAGAAACUGGAUGAGGGGGGUUUCAGCUAUGUGGAUCUGGUGGAGGGGGCCCAGGACGGCCGCUUCUACGCCCUGAAAAGGAUCCUCUGCCACGACCGGGAGGGGCGGCAAGAAGCGCAGACGGAGGUGGAGAUGCACUGCCUCUUCAGCCACCCCAACAUCCUGUCGCUGGCCGGCCACGCCUUCGUGGAGCGCGGGGGCAAGAGCGAGGCCUGGCUGCUGCUUCCUUACAUCAGCAGGGGCAGCCUGUGGACUGUGCUUGAGAAGCUGAGGGACAGGAGCAGCUUCAUGCCAGAGAGCCGCGUUCUGCACGUUCUCCAGGGCAUCUGCGCCGGCCUCAAGGCCAUUCACGACAAGGGCUACGCACACAGGGACCUGAAGCCCACCAACGUUCUCCUGGAGGAGGACGACCGGCCCCUCCUCAUGGACCUGGGCUCCAUGAACAAGGCCCGUAUCGAGGUCCGGGGAACCCGUGAAGCCAUGACCGUACAGGACUGGGCAGCCCAGAGGUGUACCAUCUCGUACCGAGCGCCAGAGCUUUUCACUGUGGAGAGCCACUGCAUCAUCGAUGAGCGCACCGAUAUCUGGUCCCUGGGCUGUGUGCUGUACUGUAUGAUGAUGCUGGAGGGACCCUAUGACCUCGUGUUCCAGAAGGGUGACAGUGUGGCACUGGCUGUGCAGAACCCGGUCACCAUACCUCAGCCUUGCAGGUACUCACAAGGCCUCCAGACCCUCCUGAGCUCCAUCAUGGUACCCAACCCCCAGGAGCGACCCGACAUCAACUGGGUCCUGGACCAAACGCAGAACCUGCUGAGCCAGGCCCGGUCCACGGACGCUAACGUGGUAUGAUGGUUCUGGAGAGGGACCCGCGUCCGGUUCCUCUCUCUUUCCGGACUCAGAUCACCUGGACUCGCCCACCCUCACUCCCCGCCCCUCCCACUACCACGGCUACCCAAGAUCCUCUUCUUCUGAUGCAAACACAGACGCGCACGCUCAACUCACACGCCCAAGAGAAGCGAGGGAACGGAGGUGAGAUUGGUGCAUAGUGCCCGGUGGAGACA